CGCAGGGACAAGAUCCAGUGCGUUGGGAAGCCGAACAUCUUUAGCUGGCUCUCGAAACUAUAUUGCCUGCUAUGACCGCAGCAACCGCCUUCGCGCUUCGUCCUCUGGAGCGCGGCAGCAGUAACAAUGGUCUGGAGGGAGCAUUUCGCGUCCACCUCUCCGCCAAAGAACUCAAGAACCUCGGCCUCGUAAAUGGAGAUCUCAUCCGGAUGAACACUGCGAAAGGAUUUCACGGCUUUGCUGUUGCAUGGCUCGCUACUCAGACAAACCCAGGAAACAAACCAAUAGCGAAGACGACAGACCUCUUGCGGGAGAAGUAUGGGCUAGCAUUGACCGAUGCUGUUUUCAUCGAAAAUGCCAACGAGUGCUACAAGGCCAUCCGGACUGUCAAGGUCAACUUCACAAAACCUUCAGAUGUUCCGAGCAACUUUUCCACGGAAGAGUUAGCCUACAGGGUCAAGAGCGCUUUAGAGGACCUUGACCUAAUAUUCCCUGGAUAUACAUUCGAGGUGCAACUGAAAGGCCCACGACCUCGCCAAAGGAUGCCGAAAUUCCGGUUGACAAUCGACGAGGUCGAACCCCACCCGGAGGACGCCCAUGCUUUCUACUUUGAUAUAGUCAGUUCUCAGGUCGCCGUUUUGAAUACCGCCAGGGAUGUGGACUUACAAGCUCAAUCCAAUUUGGCAUUGCAAAUCAAGAGCCACGGCAUCGGAGGCAUGUCAGAUCACAUCAACACUAUCAACGGUUGCCUUACCUUUAUGAGCGAGGUCAUUCCCCACCGUUCAAAUAUGCGGCUCAUUGGGCCUACUACUUUUCUAGUUCACGGCCCAGAAGGAUGUGGGAAGACUCUGCUUCUCGAGAGACUAUCCGACUGUCCAUGGCGCAGAGUUUUUCGAUUGGAUCCGGAUUGGCUCACUUCAAAUCGAAAGGCACAGGCUGAGGCGAUGUCUGACGAGAUAUUCUGCAAGGCCCGCGAGCACCAGCCCAGUUUGAUUCUGAUCGAUCGCUUAGACAAGUUCCUCCAGAAAGCGGAGACUUUGGUAAGCCGGCUGGAGCUGGAAUUAAAACGACUGCAAGGUACCCAAGUCGUCGUAGCGGCAACUGCCCGCAGCGUAUAUGACAUCGACGCGAGUCUCCGAACGCCCUGGACUUUGAAGACGGAGCUAGAGAUCUUUCCUCCGAAUGUGAGACAACGAGAGGACAUGCUACGGCAGAUUAUAGGUCCCGAUCAACAGAACUCGACCGUCCGCUUCUCUUCCUUGGCCGAACGCUCACAUGGCUUUGUGGGCCGAGAUAUCGAUAAAUUGUGCUGGCUAGCAGCAGAUCAUCACGCAAAGCAGGUCUUUGAAUCACUAGCGGCCGAGCAGAAGUCUUCGCUUGACGACGUCCUUCCGAGCUUGAACUUGGUAACGCAGGAAGAUUUCGAUGCGGUCCUACAUCAGGUCCAACCAACCGUCCUCAAAGACAGCAUUCUCGAAGUGCCGAAGAUCAGAUGGACUGAUAUAGCUGGGGUGGACCAUGUGAGAAAGUUGCUCGAAACCAUCACAGUCCGCCCGUACAAGUAUCCUGAUCUCGACCUCAAGUUCGGAGGACGUCAGUCGCGCAAGAGCGUUCUACUCUACGGACCCCCUGGAUGCGCAAAGACCUUGAUCGCUCAAGCGGUUGCAACCGAAUCUAAUCAAAACUUCUUAGCUGUCAAGGGAUCGGAACUCAUCAAGAUGUACGUCGGGGAGUCUGAGCGUGCAAUACGAGACGUCUUUCGCCGAGCACGCGCAGCUAAACCAUGCAUCAUCUUCUUUGAUGAGAUCGACUCGAUUGGCAAGUCGCGGGAAAGGAGCCAAGACAGCGGGCUCAACGUUGUCACUACACUGCUAAAUGAAAUGGACGGCAUUGAAGCCCUCAAAGAGGUCUUCAUCAUCGGAGCAACAAACAGGCCUGACAUCCUAGACUCGGCACUUACCCGCGCAGGCCGCUUCGAUGCUCAUAUCCAUAUUGGGCUGCCGAACGAAGAAGCCCGGAGACAGAUUUGCGAGAUCCACACAAGGAAUGCGCCGCUUGCGGCGGAUGUGGAUCUGAGCAUCCUCGCUUCGAGAACAGAGGGAAGCAGCGGGGCGGACAUUAAGGGUCUGUGUGCCGUUGCAAUCGAGAAGGCAAAGGAAGAUUAUCAGCUAUCUCCCGAGAGUCAGCCUGAAAUCCGCUGGUGUCACUUCGAGCAAGCGCUGGCCGAGCAUGUCCCGAAUACGUCACCAGAGGAAGCGCGGCGUUAUGAAGGAUGGAGGCCCGGAAAGUCGCUGUCCGCAGCAGACUGAAGCUCGUAAAGCUUGGCCUAGAGGCCUUCAUCACCUUUUCGUCAGUCGACACUGCUCCCAUGGUUGGAGCUCCGAUGAUUGGCGUCCUGCGGAAGAAUUCUCGAAGGCAGCCGCAUAAGAACAAGGAGGCGUCGAACACAAGAUAGAUUAGCCGCCUGUACGGCGCGAACAUUCGCGAUGUCUUC